AUGCAUUGUAAGCGGUGGAAGGCGAAACCGUUUAAACUGCCAACAAUGCCUAAAUAUCCAGUGACUCGAGUAACACGUUCUCGAAUAUUUGCUCGAGUGGGUCUGGAUAUUUGGGUCCCAUCUCUAUCAAAACUGAGAUGGGACUGGCAAAACGACGUCGCCUUAUUCACUUGCUGUACUGCCAGAGCCAUGUAUUUGGAAAUGGCAGAUAAUCUAUCUACCGAAAGUUUCUUAAAUGUGCUCGGAAGAUUCGUAGCCCGGCGCGGUUAUCCGGAAUUGAUUCUAAGCGACAACGCUAGUCAGUUCCAACUGGUCUUCGAAACCAUAAUGAACCAGGAAACUGAUGUCACGGAAUUCCUAGUGAAAGGAGGAAUGAAGUGGAAAAGCAUCAUUCCUAAGGCUCCUUGGAGCGGAGGAAUCUACGAGAGGAUAGUCGGACCAAUGAAGAAAGCGUUGAGUAGCAGGAAGAAAACUGCUGAAGGAAAGGGAUUUAAUAACCCUCAUAGCAGAAAUAGAAGGAAUACUCAGUACUCGGCCGCUAACAUACAAACACUCAAUGGAAAACUUCUGAAUCGACCGAUAAAUACAUUAUAUCCAUUAGAAAUCAGCCAAGAAGAGAGUUCAAUUGAACAAUUCCAAGAGUCACCAGACCAAACCGAAAAGGAGGAACAACCUAUAGCUCGGCAAACUCGAAGUGCUACAAGGCUCCAACAAGAUCAAUGCACAUCCACGGAUGGAUAUCUGGGAUACCACUUAACGUGCCCUGAAAAAUGGAACUGCAGAGAAAUCACAACUGAAAAUGCCACAAUAAUAACUGUCACAGUACACACUCGAACAUAUGUACGAAAAGUGAUACACACUCGAACAUAUGUACGAAAAGUGACUAUAAAAUGUAGUAGUAUCACUCGGAUAAUGUGCACUAAAGCACUUCCUCAGAUGGUCAUUGUCAGUAGUUUCCGAUCAAACGAUUACCUUCGCAACUACAUCACAGUUUUGCAAAGCCUUAAAAGCGACAGAAAAGAUCUUGCCUCUACGGAAAACUGCACUACUCCAAUGGGCAAAUGCGUAACAAAUACUAGCGUUGUCUUAUGGAAUAAAACGGCAGCAACAGGACAUUAUUUGUGUCGAAGAAUUAGAAAAUUUAAGGCUUUGAAAUAUGGAACUCACCUUGUCAUAGAACCACAAGUACGAGAAAACAGCAGCAGAAUUCAAACUUCUGCCAAUGGAUUCAAUGUUCCUCAGCGGGGUAUGUCGGAAAAAUCCGAAAACUUGUGA